UGUGUAGCGGGAGUUAUUAUACCCUAUAUAGUGGACUCAGAGUAUCCCACAAUGCAUCGCAACAAGUACAACCGAUGGUCACUAACCAAGCAAUAUUUACCAUAAUGCAUUGCGCUGAGAGACAAAUGGCAGACUGAGUAGUGUCCAAAAGGGCUUUUUUCUGUCUGCUGAAGAGCUCCCUAUAUGGUUCACUACGUAGGACUCCCUAUGUAGUGACUAGGGAGCAGGGAAUGAGUGAGUGAUUUCAGACACAACCACUGUUACCUUAACAUUGUUGGAAACAUUGAGGAUAAUGUAAAUACACAACUCGACAACACAUAAAAGAAAGGUGGAGUCAUUUUAAGACAUUUUAAUGCACCAAUAAAUAAUUGUUAUUUUCUGCUCCAUUAUUUUUCUAUAGUGAUAUUGAUCAUAAAAUAUAUAGAUAUAUUUUUCAUGCUUGAACCACUACAGAACAGGAACUGUUGAAGAAAACGUUUAUCAGAGAUCUUUUCAAAACUUAGGCCAGGAAAUGAUGGGGGUUGGAGAAAUGCAUAAUCAUGCAUACUUACAUGUCACUUCCUUCGAAAAGAAGGAACAUAUUAACAAGAACCAGAGGACAAGACAUCAGAUGCAGGUGAAGGGAACAGUCAGGUGGAGAAUUUCAGCAUUAAAGGUAAAUCCUGUUACUUUUUACAUGUACAGAUGACAAGAACUGCAAACAGUAACAAACAUCUAGCUUUUAAUAUAUAAAACUAACAUUACAGAUCAUGUCUGAUAUGAUUUGAUUGUGGGUAAACUAUAGAUAUACUGAGAUAUUUGCUUUAGUGAUAUCACUGAACAAUGUCAGGUAGAUAUUUUAAAUCUUGCUCUCUGUCUAUAACCUGACCUCUCAAACGACAGGUGUCACUCCAAAGAAUGGAAGUUUUCAACAUCACCAACACCUCACAGGACGACUUCUUUGAUUACAUCAAUGCUGUCUAUGACUACAAACAAAACAGAACAGUGGACAAUGAUGAGAAGAGAAAACUGCAGUCAUAUAUGUUUGUGCUGCAAUGUAUAAUCGUUUCUAUUGGCCUUCCGUUGACCCUCAUGGCCAUCUACGCUCUUCAUUCUAUGGUGCGAAGUAAUCAUGUUGCUCCGAUCUAUGUCAUCAACCUUCUCAUGUCCGACCUCAUUCACUUCUGCUGCAUGAUCGUUAGGAUGACAACAAAGAAGAGGCCUGACAUCAGAAGAUUUUUUCAACUUUUAAGUCUGUUUGCCAGUGUUGGCUUCAUGGUGUGUAUCGCCCUGGAAAGGUAUUUGGUCAUCGCCUUCCCACUGUGGUACCGCUUCAGAAGAACCAUCAAGAUCACUGUGGCGGUCUCUGUAGCAGUCUGGGUCCUUUCUCUUGCCUUUACUCUCCCUCUAAUUUUUGGGAUUAAAUUUAAGGUCAUGAAAAUCCCCUUCGGCAUCUUCUCCCUUAUUGCCCUUCCACUGUUGCUAUUCUUCCUGUGUGGGACCAUCAGAGCUCUGUCUGCCAGCCGUGUUCCCACAGAUGAGAAACGACGAAUUGUUGGAAUUUUGGUUCUGGUGCUGCUUAUUUACACACUGCUGUUCCUGCCCACCAUCAUUCAGUACCUGGAAAAGGUAAACACAUUUGUUGGCUGGACCAAGUACCUGUCUUUUGGGUUUCGGCGGUUGAGUCCUCUUGUAGACUUACUUCUGUAUGUUUUCAUGAGGAAACGAACCAUAGACAAACUUUUGGCUGCUGUGUGUUGUUGCAGAAUGAACAGCAAAGAUAGCAGCAGAAUAGACAGCAAUGAUGUUUGCAGUUCAUCAGUAUGAAUAAUGAUAAUAACAAUAACAACUACAGUCAGCUUCAUGUAGGCAGCGAAAGAGAGAGACAGUACCAACUACCAUCGCAUCAGGAUCACUUAAAAUCACCAGACAAGUGUACAAGGAAUCUGCGCUGGGCAAACCAAAUACAUAAACAGAAUAAAUGGGACCUGCUGGACUUUCUGAAGGCGGGUCUGGCUGAUGUCUGAUAUCCACAUUGCUAAACUCACUAGUGAUCAAAAACCAGCCCAACUGUAAAAUUGUGGUUUAAUGAACAAAUAUAAAUGUGAAAAGUCUGACUUUUUGUCAUUAGUAGAGAUGAGGUCACAUCAGUCUGACAUCAAACUGGGAACAGACUCAGUAAUCAGCAACUCACAAUUUGUUUCUGCUCAACUGCUUUUUUCUUGAUUGUACUUUCAUUUUUUUUUUUAUUAUUGUGUCAAAUUUCAAUUCAGCUCUUGUCAACCACAAAUAAAAAAAGGUAAUUUGUUAUUUUAGUGAAUUGAAGAUUUCUGUCACUUUAUAAUGAUGUCAGCACAUUUAUUACUCAACAUGUUGACUCUGAAUGUUGCCUUGCUUAUGAACAUGUUCGACUGUACUGAUUAGUCAUCUGCUAUACAUAAUAACUUGAUUAUAUUUACACAUAUUCAUACAAUGUCCAAUCCUGAAGCAUCAUUUUUAGUCUUUGACUAAAGAGUAAAACUGUUUUCUACCCUAGAAAAAUCAUUUAAAUAUUAAUUGUAUCUGCCUGAUUCAGUAUUUUGUGUUCAACAGCUUGUAGUGAUGUCACUGUGAUGUCACCACAAAAUCCCCGACUGUUGUUUUGUUCUCAAUGUUCAAUAAAGUUUUAAAACAAGGAAACCUGCUCAUGAUUCCAGUGUGCAGUGGUAGAGGAAGUGUUCAGCAGCAGUGGGUCAAAAUCCUGCAUUGAAGGUGUCACUACAGGACUAAAGAAGUAAAAGUACAAAUAAUUCAAAUAAUCUAUAUCACUUCAUCGUAUUUCAUAAACUAGUCACAUGUUUUAUGUGUAAAAUUUCAAUCUGGGGCUGCAGCUGU